UACAAUAUAAAGCAGAGUUUUUGAAUCUCUCAAAAGAACGAAUCUGAUAUGGCCAAGGAACCUCCUUUGUAUGAGGGAAAUUCGAUAUUUCGGAAUCAGCCUUCAUACAAGGUCUUCAACAAAUCCUUUGAGCAUGUGGACGACGCGCUGUACACGUUUUUGAAUGAAGUGGAUCCCGAGGUGCUGCGGCUGGAGCUCAAAGAAACCGCCAAUGUCUUCAAAUCCUUUAACCGCAACACAGCCUUGAGGGAUCCCCGCACCGACCAGGUUCCCGGGAGUGCGAUUUGCGACAAUUCCAGCGGCGGUACCGGCUACAGUUUCCCCAAUCCUCUGGAUCAGCACUCGGAGUUGAAUCUCAAGCAGCAGGCCGCCUGUAUGCGAGUGCUUCUGGCCUGGCAGCGAAGCGAACCCGUUGAUGAGGAGGACUUUGUGGUGUGGCAAGCCACAGAAAAGAAGCGCUGCAAUGAGCAACAGCGGGUUCAGAAACACAUCCAUGACUACGAAUUGGGUCGCAAGGAAAUCAUCUACGCGCCCAUGAGAAGUCUGGUUGCGGUCUACAGAAAAUGGUACGAACUGAGCGUUAAUAAACUGCUAAAGAGGUAUCCCAACGAGUCAUAUGUGACCUUUUCAGGCCUGCCUCAGUUGUCGCAGUGCAAAAGCCUCAAUUCUCAGACCGUCAGCAUGGAGCAGGUUGAGAUCGAGCGGAUUGUGGGCCGGGUUAGACUCUGUCCAGAGGUGAAACUAAGCCAGGAGGCCCUGAGCACCUUACAAGUGCGCUUGGAUCGCUACGCGGCUAGGGAAACCAAGGAUCCUGCUUAUCUAUUGUCGGAUAAAGAGAAGGACCUGGAACUAGAGGCUAACAAUAUCUUCGUUCUGCCCCUGGACUCUCUUUUAAUGCUGUUAACGACUGGAUCAUAUAUUGAUCUACCGACCGAAAUGUUUGUCAGCCUGAGAGAAUGCCCAAAAAGUAAUCACAAGUGCAUGGAGUUCCAGUCUCCCUUUCCAGCACGCAACUGUGGUUGGCAUACAAACAGUUUGGUCCUGAAGCAUGCAUAUGAGGCUUACAUAUCUCAGCCUGGGCAAGCCAAAUGGCUACAUUUCGAAAAUGGAGCAGUCAAGGAAGUCCCUGAUAAGCUUAUCUGUGAAAUGUCUUCUACCGAUUUUCACAUGGCCUACAAGCUUCAUAAAAUUGAUCAGCAUUCUUCAGACAUUGUGGAUGCCAGCGCCAACACCGCUUUAGUCAGUUGGAGUCUCAGAUGUAAGAGCGAAGGUGAUGAAGACAAAGAUUUUCAAAUCUUUAGCACUUUACCCAUACCAGCGGUUAAAGAUUCUAAGGGCAAAAAGCCCCUUGGUUGCCAUUUGAUUAAGCUGGAGAAUAAGCCCGACUGCGGCUGUGAAAUAAUGUCCAAAUACGAGUUGAUUAGUGCCUGGCUGCAGCUGAAGCUUCUGCAAGCUGAUGUAGGUCACUGCACCCGCAUUUCGCUGCGAGACUUUAAGCCCAUGUUGGAGGAGAAAUUGGCGCUGAUAUCCCUAGAACAACAGCUGCACGACUACUACAACACAAGCAUGCCGCAACUUCUUUCUAAUUUGUAUGAGUUCCUGAAACUACUAGACACGGUGCCUGUUGGGGAAUACCUGCUACGCUACUCUCCCAAGUACAAGGAUAAAUUCCUGCUAUGCAAUGUCACCAAGGAGGCCACGGCUCAGAGCUUCAAGUUGGACCAACUCCUCACGGAAACCACUCCGAGCGAUCAAAUCUUCCUCACCCAAAGCAGUUUUCUUCCAAUCUCGCCCACACUCUGUGGCCGCCUCCAUGAGGAACUACAGCUACUGCCCUGCGCAUUCCCUGCAAAGGCCAAUGGACGGUCAGUCCAACGACGAAAGGCGGCGAUAUCCAGACCAGAGCCCGAAAGACGGGCUCCAGGAAGACGGCAGCCACAUAAGAAGUGGACGGCAGCUCAAACUGAAGAGUUUCGUCGCCGUUGUAAGUCCGGACAAAAGAUUCGAGCCAGAGCUCGCAAAAAAGCGGCUGCCAAAAAUGAAAAAGACGAGCUGGAGAAGAUAAUGACGCUGUAAUAACAACCAUUUGGUUUUCUAUUUAGUUUGUAGUUGUUAACUGUUGAAUAGCCAAAAAAAGAUCCUCAAAUUGGUGUAAAGAUAAGAAGCCUUCAAUAGAUUUGUAAGAAAUAUGUUAUUAAAUUGAAUAACAAUAACUGAAAUAGAAGGUU